AUGUGGGGCCUUUCAGCGAGACGAUUACAAACAGUGUCCAAGUACGUGCGUAACUAUUCAACCAGCCGUCCGAAUGAUGUUGUCAUUCUAUCGGCCGCAAGGACGCCUAUAGGUUGUUUCAAUGGAUCGUUGAAAAAAGUAUCAGCAGUCGAACUUGGCGCCACUGCAUUGAAAGCAGUCGUUGACAGAGCUGGGAUUAAACCUGAACAAGUCGAGGAGGUCUUCUUGGGUAACGUCCUACAAGCGAAUCUAGGACAAUCACCUGCUCGGCAGGCGGUAAUAAAAGCGGGUCUUCCCAACUCAACCGAGGCAACAACGAUUAACAAAGUCUGCGCGUCCGGAAUGAAAGCUGUUAUAUUCGCUGCACAAAGUUUAUUGUUAGGAGAUCGAUCGAUAAUGGCUGCUGGCGGGAUGGAAAGCAUGUCUAACGCCCCUUACUAUGUACCUAGAGGCGCUACCUAUGGGCAUCAGUUUCUUGUUGAUGCAAUUAUAAAGGAUGGACUUUGGGAUGGUAACUGCGCAGAAAAUACCGCAACAAAAUUCGAUAUUUCGCGCGAAGAACAAGAUUCACAUGCAAUAGAAUCGUACAAACGAUCCGCAGAAGCUUGGAAGAAUGGUAUAUUUAAAGCUGAAAUUGUGCCAGUAGUUGUUAAAGACAAAAAAAAGGAAAUUAUAGUGGACGAAGAUGAAGAAUAUAAGAAUGUUAAGUUUGACAAGAUUCCAUCCUUGAAACCAGCAUUUCAGCCAGAUGGCACUGUUACAGCAGCGAAUUCGUCGACAAUAAACGAUGGCGCAAGUGCACUCCUACUUUCAACUCGGGCAAAGGCUGACGAACUUGGGCUAAAGCCUCUUGCUCGUAUCAUUUCAUACGGUGAUACAGCUGUUGAUCCGAUAGACUUUACAAUUGCGCCAUCAAAAGCUCUUCCUGUAGCUCUCAAAAAAGCCAAUCUUAAAUUGUCCGAUAUUUCUCUCUUUGAAUUUAACGAAGCAUUUAGCGUUGUUGCGCGAGCGAACGAGAAAAUACUCGAAUUGGAUCCUGCAAAGGUCAACGUUGCGGGCGGUGCUGUAUCCCUGGGACAUCCCAUCGGAUCAUCAGGUUCAAGGAUCCUCGUAACUCUGAUUCAUCUGUUGAAACAAGGGCAAUUAGGUGCUGCAGCUAUUUGUAAUGGGGGUGGGGCUGCUUCAGCUAUGUAUAUUGUACCCCUUAUACUGAAUUUGAGUGGAUCUGUUGCAUAUUAUUAUACUCUUGGUCAAGCAGACUUGUCGCUAGCCGUUCCGAUAACAAACUCUCUAACCUUUAUAUUCACCACACUAGCGGCUGCAUUGCUGGGAGAAGACAUUGGUGAUAAAGGUGCAUCAUGGAUGGGCAUGGGUCUUGUAGUUAUAGGAGUAGGCCUAUGCGUCGGAAGUAAAGCCGAUGAACUUGCAUAA